AUGUCGAUUAUUUCGGAUGAGGAAGACUUUCUCUCAGACAACCAAUCCGAUGCAUCAUCAUCUAGCGACGAGGAGGCCUUACCCCCGCCCCCAUUACAACAGAACUACUUCGCGCCUCCAUUCUACGGCCGACCUCCAACACCAUUACCUCCGUCUCCGUCCUUAACAUCGCUACUCCGUCCAUCACGGCCUACUACUCCCGAUGCUUCAGACGACGACCUCGAGCCGGUGCCGCGUGCAUCCCCGAAGGUGCCCACGUACGAGUACUACGGCUUCGUCCUAUACCUAUUCUCGUCUUUGACUUUUCUCAUCUAUCUACUAUGGGCAUAUUUGCCUUCUCCGUUCCUACAUGCCCUAGGCAUCUACUACUAUCCUAACCGGUGGUGGGCACUGGCUAUUCCAUCGUUCCUGGUCAUGCUUAUAGUCUACAUUUACGUUGCGCUCGCGGCAUACAACACGGAGAUUCUCACUCUUCCUAUGACUUCGCUAGAGACUAUCGUCGAUGAGGCAGCUAAGAUCGCCACCAUCGACCACAAAGGCAGGAUACGGCCGAACGAACCUAGGAAGCCUAUUACAGAGGAGAGAGCUAAGCAGCUCGACUGGAAGAACAUAUGGAACGAAGGAACGGAUGCUGUUAUGGAUGUGCCGCUUGCUGGCGCAUGCGAGGUCAUAUAUGGCGAUCUGACUGAUUCGGAGAGUGAACUAGAAUUUGAUACCAACUGA